AUGAAGUUUCUUCUCUUGACACUGGUCCUGCAGGCCAGUGCUCCUGGAGUUAUUUCUAGAAUAAACCCUAAAGAAAAUAAUGUGGUAUUCGCUGAAAGGUACUUGAAACACUUUUAUGGCUUCAAUAUGAGAGGAAUUUCAGAAACAAAAGAGAAAGUCAAUGAGAAGUUCUUGGAGAAUAAAAUUCAGGAAAUGCAACAGUUCUUGGGACUAACUGUGACAGGGCAACUGGACAAGCCUACUCUGGCCAUGAUGCACAGACCUCGAUGUGCAGUGCCUGAUGUGAACACAACGCCAGGGAGGCCAAUAUGGGAGAAGAAUCUUAUUACCUACAGAAUCAGGGAUUACACUACUGACAUGGAACGUGAGGAUGUUGAUGUUGCUAUAGAGAAAGCUUUUCAAGUAUGGAGUGAUGUGACCCCUCUGAAAUUUGUCAUGAUCAAUGCAGGCGAGGCUGACAUUAUGAUAAGUUUUACAGCUGCAGAUUAUGGAAGCAUUUACCGUUUUGAUGGCAAAGAUGGUCUUAUAGCUCAUGCUUUUAAACCUGGACCUGGUAUAGGAGGAGACUUAUAUUUUGAUGAGGCUGAACGCUGGACUAUGAACCACGAAGGCAUCAACUUGUUCCUAGUUGCUGUUCAUGAGCUUGGCCAUUCCUUGGGUCUAGACCAUUCCAGUGAUCCAAAUGCCGUAAUGUUCCCCAUCUAUACUUAUGUGGACCCCAACACAUUUCACCUCUCUGCUGAUGAUAUACAUGCCAUUCAGUCUCUCUAUGGCAGUCCAGAAAACUUCCAAUUCCCAUCAAAAACUAACAAUCCAGAGGCACCUUACUGUGAUCCCGAUUUUCAUUUUGAUGCUGCCACUAGAGUGGGAAAUGGAAUCUUUUACUUUAAAGACAGUUUCUUCUGGAUGCAAAUUCCUGGGAAUCCAAAUGCCACUAUUGGUUUAAUUUCUUACUUAUGGCCAAACUUUACAUCUGGUGUUCAAGCUGCUUAUGACAUGGAAGAUGGACAACACGUUUUUCUUUUUAAAGAUGAUAAGUACUGGUUACUCAGUAAUUUAAAACCACAGCCAGGUUAUCCCAAAAGCAUACAUUCUUUGGGCUUUCCUGAGUCUGUAAAAAAAGUUGAGGCAGCUGUUUAUAACCCACUUCUUCAUAAGACCUACUUCUUUGAAGAUCAAGUGUAUUGGAGGUAUGAUGAGAAGAAGCAAAGCAUGGACCCCGGUUAUCCCAAAUCGACUAUUCACCACUUCCAAGGAAUUGGGCCUGCAAUUGAUGCAGUCUUUUACUAUAACAGACACUUCUAUUUUUACCAAGGACAUAUCAUAAUUGAAUAUAAUAUCCCAACUAAACGUAUCAUCGGAGUGCUGAAUCGGAAUGCUACCUUUACUUGUUAG